AUGACAGACUCAAAGAAUAUCAUCAGCGAUGCAGACUUGGGGGAGAAAGUUGACAUGACGCAUGAGGAAGUCGUGCACAUGGCACAGUUGACCGACGAGGAGAAAGUUAUUGAAAAAAAACUACGCAAGCGCAUCGACGCUUUGAUCAUGCCAUUGGCUAUCCUCGUCUAUUUGAUGAAUUAUAUUGAUCGCAACAACUAUGCUGCGGCAAAACUUCAGGGUCUGGAAGAGGAUCUCAACUUGGACGACACAAAAUACCAGACCGGUCUGUCCGUGCUGUUUGUGGGAUACAUUCUCAUGCAAGUGCCUUCCAAUAUGCUUCUCAACUAUAUGGGUCGACCAUCCUGGUACAUCGGCUUCUUCGUCUGCGCUUGGGGACUGGUGUCUGCAGUGACCAGCCAAGUUUCGACCUACGGAGGAAUUGUGGCAUGCAGAUUCAUCCUUGGUCUGGUCGAAGCACCUUUCUUCUGCGCUAUCCUAUUUUACCUGUCCAAGUGGUACACCAAGCAAGAGCUGGCUCUGCGCAUGAGUAUCUUCUACUCUGGUUCGCUCCUGUCGGGCGCUUUUGGAAACCUCAUCGCGGCAGGUAUUCUCAAUGGACUGAAGGGGCACCGCGGUCUCACUGCUUGGCAGUGGCUUUAUAUUAUCGAAGGUUCAAUUACUUGUGCCAUCGGUCUGGCGAUUUGCUUCAUUUUGCCCGACUUCCCUGAGACUUGGAAGCUUCUAUCCCCGGAGAUGCGACACGUAGCUCAACGACGUCUUGCCAUCGAGGCUGGUGAAGCUGAUGUGGAUGAGGACGGUGGCAAGAGCCAGCUGAAGGGUCUGAAGUUGGCGAUGACUGACAUUAAGACCUAUGCGUUCGCCAUCGCCUACAUGUGUAUUACAGGCGCGGCUGGUUUCCAGAACUUCUUCCCGUCGCUGGUGAAGAACAGCCUCGACUAUAACGAGACCAUCUCGCUCGUUCUCGUGGCGCCUCCGUAUCUUUUCAUGGUCAUUUAUUCUCUUUGCCAUUCCUUGAUGUCUGACAGGUUGGAGAAGCGAUUCUGGUUCUUCGUGUACCCGAUCCCCGUCACCAUUGUUGGAUUCAUCAUCUAUAUGACCACAACCUCUUUCGGGCCGAGAUACUUCUCGUUCUUCUUGAUGGUCUUUGUCUUCGCACAAAACGGAACUCUGUAUUCCUGGCUUGCCAGUUCAAUUCCCCGCCCGCCCGCCAAGCGUGCUGUCGCAUUUGCAUUCUUCAACUCUCUCGGUAACAGUGCCUCUAUCUGGACACCCUACACCUAUCUCGAGAAAGAGGCACACAAUGGUUAUCGCACCGCUAUGGCCGUCUGCAUUGCGCUUCAGGCAAUCGGAGGACUGAUGGCUGUGUUCUUGUAUUUCAAUCUGCGGAUGCUCAAUAAGCGCCAGGAGCGUUUGGAGAAUGAGGAAGUGCAGCUCAGUGAGAAGGACAUUCGCCGGUUGCAAGCCACCGCUGAUGUGGAAGGUAUCGACAUUGCUGCUGCUAGACGCUUGCAGAAGGGAUUCCGCUACACCUUGUAG